GUGACUUUGCACGUGUUCGCUGGAGCCGGGAAACAAGAAUAGUAAUGAAAAGCAGCUGGCUUCAAAUGCUGUAUUAGAAUAUAAUAGCAUCAAAAACUGCAAAGCCUAAAAAGUUACAGCAGGGUUUGCCCAACAUUUGAUUUUUCUAGGGUUAACUGUGCUUCUUUCAGAGCAAGCAAGCUAUGAUGAGCAGUUACAUACUGAAGUGUGAAGAGGGAUUGCUUACUGGAUCCAGAAGCAGGGACAAGGGGUGUACGCUACAGGUCUGGAAGACUGAAUGAAAAUCAAAAGGAAAUAAUGCUCCUUGGCUCUUCUCCAGCUGUAGAGAGAAAAAAAAACCCCCACUCAUUUAUUUCCUUGCUUUCACGCACUGGAGCUGGAUGCACUGGAAUGAGUCAAUCAACAAACAACGACACCAGCAGACUGCAAGUUUUGCUAACGAACACAGAGGAAACGGCAAGCAGAAUGAGAUGCAAACGAUAAGCUGGGACACAUGCAUAAAAUACCCAAGUCAAAUUAGAAGAAUUGAACAGGAGGAAAAGCAAAGACAAGAACUUUUUUUUUUUUUUUUUUUGAACAAUGCGAUGAGAAUUAAUCCCCCCCCGUUCUGAUCAAGAGGAGUUGGAAGAAAACACACGUAAGAAGAAUUGGUUUCCUGAAACAAAGAUUUUUUUUCUUGAAGACGUUUAGAGAAAGCAAAUGAGAAGCUGUGAACAAAAGGAUAUGCAUAAAAUAAAAGCCAGAACCGAGAAGCUUAUCUUCGACACAGCAAUCAAGAUAGAAAUCCAGCAUGUGACAGAAAGAAAGAUCAAACUGCAAAAGAAAUCUCUCUCUUGUGAGCACUGAACGGCAGUCUACCAAAAUCCAAGAGAAAAACCAAGGGGGAACCCUUUGACACCCGAAUUCAUGCACCUCUUCUCCAGCUACAAGCCGACCCACAGAGCUAAUAAACUGCCUGCUUUCCACCACAACCAAAUUAUCUCCAGCGCUUCUGAAGCCAGAGCCUCUGUAUAAAAGGAUAACCAGACCACUAGACCUUAGGAGCCAGGGAUGGACACAAGUCAGUACUUCUGGCCUUUGAGACCAACGUGCCUUUCGUAAGGGACUGGAUACGAGUUUGGAUCCAACACUUGGGCACGGGCAUGACAUCUCGCAGCAGCAGAUGACCGAUUUCCCUUGCUGACCAUGCUGGCCUUUCUUCAGGAUCGUACUGGACCAGAGAGGCACAGCAAGUUGGUAUAUGAUACAAAAUGUCUGAGCAACACCCAAUUCCAGAAUAUAUUCUGCUGGGCACAAGGAUGUCCUACCCUUUAAACCUCUCCAACGUGUCUGGAUAUGGCAACAGGUCUUUGACGCAGCUCGCAGUAACGGGAGACUCCAAACACAGCUCUCCGAGUGACGAACAAGGAAACAGAGUGUGCUGGGCAGCUCUCCUGAUCCUCCUGGUUAUAAUCCCCACCAUCGGGGGAAACAUACUUGUUAUACUGGCUGUGGCCCUGGAGAAAAAGUUGCAGUAUGCCACCAAUUACUUCCUAAUGUCCUUGGCGGUGGCAGAUUUGCUGGUGGGAUUGUUUGUGAUGCCAAUUGCCCUCCUUGUCAUACUGUUUGAUAAUGAGUGGCCUCUUCCGCCAGAAAUGUGUCCCGUUUGGCUGUUCCUUGAUGUCCUCUUUUCCACUGCGUCCAUCAUGCACCUCUGUGCCAUCUCACUAGACCGUUAUAUUGCCAUAAAGAAACCGAUCCUGGCCAAUCAGUAUAAUUCCUGGGCUACAGCGAUCAUCAAAAUCACUGUGGUUUGGCUCAUUUCAAUAGGUAUUGCCAUUCCCAUCCCGAUCCAAGGUAUAAAAGAUGGACGUGGCAACUCCACUAACAUCACAUGUGCUCUGAUGCCCGAACAUUUUAGUGACUUCAUCCUCUUUGGGUCACUGGCUGCCUUCUUCAUCCCACUCGCGAUUAUGAUAGUCACUUACUUUCUGACCAUUCAAGUGCUACGUAAGAAAGCCUACUUGAUCAACAAGCCGCCUCAGCGCUUAACUUGGUCCACUGUGUCCACAGUAUUUCAAAGGGACGUAAUGCCUGGCUCAUCGCCCGAGAAGGUGGCCAUGUUGGAUGGCUCCAGAAAGGACAAGGCUUUGGCCAACACGAACGAUGACAUGCUUAUACGUAGGAUGUCCACCAUUGGAAAGAGGUCGAUGCAGACCAUCACCAACGAACAAAGGGCCUCAAAAGUUCUGGGGAUUGUAUUUUUUCUUUUCUUGUUGAUGUGGUGCCCGUUUUUUAUAACAAACGUAAGUUCCGUGCUGUGCACGUCCUGUAGCAAGGAAGUUAUUCAAAGGCUCAUGGAGAUCUUUGUUUGGAUAGGAUAUGUGUCUUCAGGGGUGAACCCUCUGGUCUACACGCUCUUCAACAAGACAUUCAGGGCGGCAUUCAGCAGGUACAUCACUUGCAAUUAUCGGACCACAAAGACAGAGAAGGCCUCUGAGAAAAACUGCAGCAGGAUCUCUUUCAGAAAUUCAGUGGCAGAGAACUCCAAGAUCUUUAUGAAGCACGGGAUGAGAAACGGGAUUAAUCCUCUUAUGUACCAGAGCCCAAUGAGACUCCGAAACUCGCCAAUCCAGUCUUCGUCAGCCAUUCUGCUGGACACUUUGCUGCUCCCGGAGCACGAGGUCGAUAAAACGGAGGAACAAGUCAGCUACGUAUAGAGAAGCAAAACUAUGUCCUCAACCUAUAAUGUUGCUGUAUGUAUUGUAGGUAAACGUGCUAUAUAAGGAUAUAAAUACUAUUGUCUUCUAUUAUUUAUACAAGCAAUAUCUUACUGAACUUGUAUUAAUUCAUCUCCUCUAAGACUACAAGGUUCCUCUAUCCAGAAUCUCCCCCACUUUACCAAUUUAAACACAAAUAGCCCACUGAAGUAAUAGCAAUUUCAUUCCAUUAUAAACAGCAAAUAUCAGAGCAUUGUAGAUUAAAGGCAGAGGGAUCUAAAUAAAAGAAGCUAAGGCAA